AUGUCCGUGACCACUCAAGCCACUAUUGCAAACUUCGGCGGAAAGCUUCUGAAGCUCGCUCACAAUGCCUCCACCACCGGUUGCGAGAUGAAAUUCAACCUGUUCCUUCCUCCUCAAGCUGCAAACAACAAGGUCCCUCUGCUCAUAUGGCUCUCUGGCCUCACGUGUACCGGCGACAAUUGUUCUGAGAAGGGUUUCUUUCAACACGGGGCCAGUAAGAAGGGCAUCGCCGUAUUGUACCCGGACACUAGCCCAAGGGGUAUUGGCAUCCAGGGCGAGGACGACGCCUACGAUUUCGGCACCGGUGCAGGUUUCUACGUCGAUGCGAGUGCCGACCCUUGGUCCAAGAACUACAAGAUGUACUCAUAUAUCACCGAGGAACUUCCCAAAACCGUCUUCGAAGCCUUUAAAGAUCAGAUCGACUCUAGCAGGGUUAGUAUCAGUGGACACAGUAUGGGAGGCCAUGGUGCGCUAUCCCUAUACCUGAAGAACCCGGGGAAAUACAAGAGUGUCAGCGCCUUCGCUCCUAUUGCCAAUCCCCUGAAGUGUCCCUGGGGCGAGAAGGCGUUCAAGGGUUAUUUCGGUGACGACUGGCAAAAACUGGGCGCCCAGCAUGAUUCGACAGAACUAAUCAAGCAGUGGAAAGGAGGGCCACUUGACAUUUUGAUCGACGUGGGUACUGGUGACAAUUUCUACAAGCAAGGGCAGCUUCUGCCCGAAAACUUCACCGCAGCUGCAAAGGAAAUUGGGCAGGAGAAGGGAGUCCAUGUCAGGUUCCAACCAGACUAUGAUCACAGCUACUACACAAUGGCGACUUUCGCGGAUGAUCACAUUGACCAUGCCGCGAAGUACCUGUUUGCAUACUCUCCAGCCAUCGUCUUUGAUCUGCUCACUGUCACUGUCACUGUCACGGCCAAGAUGAACUCGGACUUGGACUUGGCCUAUCUGGGCGCAACAGAUGGCGUGUCUUCUGCCUUCAACAACGACAACCACCAGUUUUGGCAACAGAAGAAAGCCUUUGAAUCAAUUCCCAACAUCAAACUGUCCCGAUCGCUAGACCAUGGUGGUAAUCCCAUCAGUCAUCCUCAAUCCCAGUCAACGCCCCAACGACAGGCACAAAGCUCAGUCCAAAAAACGCAAGUCAAAUGA